AUGCUAGUCGUGUCGUUGAUCGCCUUCUGUUUUUUCCAAAGUGUUUUCGCCGAUGGCUUGCUGAAUGUUCAGAUAAGUGAUGGACUGCUCAGUGGAAUCGUUCUGAGAACGAGGAAUGACAGGAAGUUCAGUGCCUUCAAGGGAAUCCCCUACGCGCAACCACCUGUUGGUCCGCUCAGAUUCCAGCCUCCAGUACCGAUAAACCCAUGGCCAGGAACUCUCAACGCAACUAAUGACCAUGAAUCAUGUCCACAAAAGGACGUCUACAGAAGGUCAGAUGUCUUCGAGGGACAGGAAGACUGUUUAUAUUUGAACGUUUACAGUCCCAAGCUAUCUGAUUUCGAGAAGGACCCUCUCCCGGUAAUGAUAUUCUUCCACGGGGGCGGCUACUUGUGCGGGGGUGGCAAUUCCCACUGGUACGGCCCUGACUUGCUCCUUGACAGAGAUGUAGUUCUCGUCGUUCCCAAUUACAGAUUAGGUGCCCUGGGAUUCUUGAGUACUGGUGACGAAGUCGCACCUGGAAACAACGGCAUGAAAGACCAGGUUCUGGUCCUGAAAUGGGUGCAGAAGAAUAUCGCCAAAUUUGGCGGUAACCCAAACAGCGUCACACUUUUUGGCGAAUCCGCCGGUGGUUCCAGCGUACAUUAUCACAUGAUGUCGCCGCUCAGUAGAGGUCUUUUCCACGCUGGUAUCAUGCAGAGUGGUACUGCCCUGUGCCCGUGGGCUUUCGAUCAGAACAGCGUGGGCCACACUUACUCCAGACAGCUAGCCGAAUCUCUGAAUUGUCCAACGAAAUCAUCCGCUGAUAUGCUGGAGUGCCUCAGAAAAUUCGACCCCAAAACCAUCGUCGAUAAGUCGGAUAUUUUCAAGUUUUGGGACUACGAUCCAAUGAUGCCUUUUAGACCAAUUGUUGAACCCGAUAUUGAAGGAGCUUUCCUCACUGAACAUCCUCUAACGAUGAUCAAGUCUGGAAAACUCAUGGACAUACCGUUAGUAGUGGGAUUGACAACUGAAGAUGGUGCCAUGAAAUGUGCAGGCUAUGAAAACGCCAACCUGUUAGAUGAGUUCUGUGAGAGAUUUGAUGAGAUUAUUCCAGUAUCGCUUUUUUACGACAGAGUGGUGAAGAAUACAAAACCAGUUACUAGUCAGGUUAGGAAAUUCUAUUUUGGUGAUAAGCCGCUCAAUAAGGAACGCUUGGCCGAAAUUGGGAAAAUAUACACUGAUGGCUGGAUACUUAAAGGGGCAGACGAUGCAGUGAGACUACACCACAAGUAUUACAAGCAGCCAGUUUACUAUUAUUUGUUCGGUUACAGGGGUAGUGCCAGCUUCGCUAGAGUAUUUGGAGGAGGCGAUGGAGAUUAUGGUGUGGUUCAUGCUGACGAUCUUCAGUAUUUGUUUCCUGUUGGUGAUGAACUAUUUCCAGAUAUCAUCCCAUCAGCGAACGACAAGGGAAUUGUCGAACUCAUGACCACUUCCUGGACGAAUUUUGCGAGAACCAGGGACCCUUCACCAGAGGUGAAUGAUGUCAUCAAGCAACGGUGGAGACCUUAUUCCACCGAAGAUGGAGAAUAUUACUUCAUUCAUGCUAAUUCCUCUGGAGUCAGGUCUGGUUUGUACACAGAUAGAAUGAAGUUCUGGAGGAAGGUGCUGUACGAUCCACUAGCAGAAAAUUCGAAAGAUGAAUUGUAG